AUGAAGAGAAAGAGAGUUAUUGCAUCCGGGAGUGAAGAUGAAUCUUCGUUUGUCAACAAUAGCGACUAUGAUGACCUGAAAGAAGUAUCCGUUAAUGAUGCUGUUGCCACAAUCAAAUCAGAAUCACAACAAAUGUUGCCAAAUGAUCAACAAGGAGAAGAUGAAGGUCAGAUAGAAAAGAGCGAAGCGGAACCUAUUGAAAAUAAUGAAGCUGAUAUAAUAUUGGAUAACGGGGAAGAUCUGAAACUUGCUGAAAUGUCUUUUCAUCUGCAAUCACAACAAGACAACCAGGGAGACUCUCAAGAACAGGUAGCAGAGAACAAAGUGGAGAAAGUUGAAAAUGGCGAAGAAGAUGUAAUAACAAAUCACGAGGAAGAGCUGAAGCUUCCAGAUUCGUCUUUUCAUCUUCCAGAGGGCCCAAUUCUUAAAAGAGAAAAUGUAUUUUCAGAUCUCAAGUUAGAAGCCUCAACAAGUCAACCCAACUCCGGCGAGAAUAUGACUGGCCUAGAAGAUGAUAAAAGUGACAUAGAACUGACAAUGUCUCCUAUUAGGUCCUCUACCCUUAGUUAUUCACAACAGCAAAAUGAAGUUCUAAAACAAUCACCAUCGAAAAGAAAAGAAGUGAAAUUGCCAAUACCGAGAACCAAUGAACCUCGAUUAGUUAUAGAUAAGUUAGUUCUCACAAAUUUCAAGUCAUACGCCGGUGUACAGACCAUAGGUCCAUUUAAUUCUUCAUUUUCUGCAGUUGUUGGUCCCAACGGGAGUGGGAAAUCAAAUGUUAUAGAUUCCAUGCUUUUUGUAUUUGGAUUUAGAGCACUGAAAAUGAGACAAGGUAAAUUAAAAGAGUUGAUUCACAAUUCAGGAGAUGAAAAACCACAAUAUUGUCAAGUGGAUAUCCAUUUCAAAAUGGUUCUAGACGAUCCAGCCAUACCACAAAAGGCUGAGACGAUACCAAAUUCCGAAUUGGUGAUCUCCAGGAAGGCAUUUCAAACCAAUCAAUCGCUGUACUAUAUAAAUGGGAAAGGGAGCAGUUAUACUGAAGUGACAACAUUGCUUAAGGGACAAGGUAUUGACUUGGACCAUAAGAGAUUCUUAAUUUUACAAGGCGAAGUUGAAUCAAUAGCUCAAAUGAAAGCAAAAGCUGAAAAGGAUAACGAUGAUGGGUUAUUGGAAUACCUUGAGGAUAUUAUCGGAACUACAAAAUACAAAUCUCUAAUCGAAGAAAGCAUGCAAAGAAUUGAAGAAUUGAACGAAGUGUGUAUGGAGAAGGCUAAUAGAUUUGAUUUGGUUGAGAAGGAUAAAAAUCAAUUGGAGGAAAAGAAGACAGAAGCCCUUCGAUUUUUAGAAAUGGAGAAACAAUUGAUCAAUGCUAAGAGUGUUCAUUUUCAAGUUAGUAUAUAUGAAUCUCAAAAGAAAAUAGAUAUAGCACAGAAAGAGGCUGAUGAAUUGAAUAAAGAAUUGGAAGAGAAAAGGCAAGAAAAUCAAGAAUUAUUAAGUGGAAUUGAAGCUGAAUUGAAGAAGCAAAAGCUUAUUGAAGAUUCUAUUAAAGAGCUUGGUCUGCAAAUCGAUAAAUUAGGCAAGCAGAAGAAGGAAACAACCAGGAAAGGGGUCACCAUGGAAGAAAAAUCCAAAAACCUAAACAGUAAAUUAAAAAAGAUAAAUAAGACAUUGGAAACCCUGCAACAUAAUUUAAGUAGUUCUACACAAAAGCUUAGUAAUUAUAGUGACGCCUCAGAACAAUUCAAAAUAGAGGUUGAGAAGUUGAAUUCACAAUUAGAAGUUGAAGAAGUUAAAUUAGAUGAAAUCAGACAAAGCUUAACUGCGAAGACCUCCGAAUUUACUAAAGAAAUUGAAAUUUUGCAAAAGACACUUGAACCCUGGAAUGACAAAAUCAAAGCCAAAAACAAUGCGAUCAAGUUGGCCACAUCUAAUAUCGAGCUUCUUCGUCAACAAAUGAACAGUACUACCAAACAACUAGAUGAAGCCAAAGAAAGACUCUCAAGCAUUAAAAAGGAAGGAAAAGAAAAAGAGGCCGAAUAUAGAGAUACAGAAGAAAAAUUAGAGAAAAUUGAAGAACAGAUUGGUCUAGGCGAGGAACAAUGUUCAAUCGAGAAGAAUAAACUCGAAAAUAUGAAAUCCUCAUUAAUUUCGCAACGCCAAAAAGUUCAAGAGUCUACAAACAUUUUCAAUAAUUCUCAAAAUAAAAACAAGGUAUUGGCUCAUUUACUUCGAUUAGUAAAAUCCGGUAGAAUUGAAGGCUUUCAUGGAAGAUUGGGCGACCUUGGUGUUAUAGAUGAAAAAUAUGAUGUUGCUAUAUCGACUGCUGCUGGUGCAGGAUUAGAUUCCAUGGUUGUUGAAACUGUAGAGACCGCUCAAGCAUGUAUUAAUUAUUUACGUAAGAACAAGUUAGGAUAUGCCAAUUUCAUAUGUUUGAACAAAUUGAGAAAUUUCAACGUGGCACCAAUUCAAACUCCUGGUGAUCCAGCUAAAGUUAAAAGAUUAUUUGAUUUGAUUCAACCUACAAGUGCUAAAUUUGCUCCUGCAUUCUACAGUAAAGUCUACAAUACAUUAGUUGCUCCCGAUUUAACCGAAGCAAAGAAAGUCGCAUAUGGUGCUAAGAGAUGGAAAGUUGUUACCUUGGAUGGGAAAGUGGUUGAUACUUCUGGUACAAUGUCUGGUGGUGGUAAUUAUACUUCUAAAGGUGCUAUGAGACUUUCCAAUUCUCGUGGUGGAAAUGACCCAAUACUAACAGAAGAAGAACUUCAAGAAAUGAGAGAGAAAUUGCAUUCAAUGGAAUCCAAUUUUGAAAAAGCUAAUGUUGAAUAUGAGCAAAAAGUGUCAAUGUUAAAGAAGUUGAAAGAUCUUAAACCGGAUACAGAAUUCGCAUUAUCAAGACUUAGGUUAGAUAUUCAAUCUUUGGCAUCGGAGAAGAAGGAGAUUCUGCAGGUAUGUAAGAACUUGAUUAUCGAACAAGAAAAGAUGGAACAAAGCAAUCCAUUUGAACAGCAAAUAGCUGAAAAGGAAAAAGAAGUGGAACAAUGGGAAUUGGAGCGGUCCGAGCUUAAAUCAGAGAUGUUGGUUCAUGAGCAACAAAUCAAAGUCUUGGAACAGAAAAUUAUGGAUGCAGGUGGUGUGGAAUUGAAGAUGCAGAAUUCAAAAGUUGACUCGUUAAAACAACAACUUGAAAUUAUUCAUGACAAGACGUCUGGGGAUAGAAUGACUAUUAAGAAAUUAGAGAAUGAUAUCAAGAGACUUACUAAAAUAAUUGAAGCCUCUACCCAAGAACAGCACGAUGCACAAGUUGAAUUGGAAUCGCUUCAAAAACAAGAACGAGAAAAUUCGGAGCGCUUGCAAGAGAUAGAAAGCGAGCUCAAUAAAUUGAAUAAUUCCAAGACAGAAAAGGACGACGAAUUAGAAACGUUAAAGAACGAGGUUGACGGGCAACAAGAGGAAAUAAAUAAGUUCAAGCAGUUCGAAGUCGAGGUUUUACACAAGUUAGAGAAAUGUAACGGUUAUAUUAAAAAAUUGAACCUUAUUAUUGAAGAGAAGAAGAACGAACUUGAUGCGUUAGUUGUCCGCGAUACUCAAGAGUACAUCUUAUGGCUUGACGCGGAAGAACAGAAGAAAUACAAUGGUACCGAAAUUGAAAGCCUUACAGAAGAAGAAAUCCGUGAUGUUGAUUUAGAAGUUACUGAUGAUAAGAUUAAAGAGAUCGAACAAUAUAUGGCAACCGUCAAAGUUGAUAUUGAAGUAUUGAAAGAAUAUGGAACCAAACUCGUUGAAUAUAAUACCAGAAAGGUCGAUUUGAAUACAGCUGUUGAAGAGCGUGACGAGAAGAAGGAUUAUUGCGAAGAUUUGAAGAGGAAACGAUUGGAUGAAUUUAUGGUUGGGUUCAAUACGAUUUCAAUGACUUUGAAGGAUAUGUAUAGGAUGAUUACUAUGGGAGGUAAUGCCGAACUUGAGCUUGUGGAUAGUUUGGAUCCAUUUUCAGAAGGGAUAUUGUUUAGUGUAAUGCCACCGAAGAAAUCAUGGAAGAAUAUUUCUAAUUUGUCAGGUGGUGAGAAGACAUUGAGUUCUUUAGCAUUGGUCUUUGCCUUGCAUCAAUAUAAACCUACUCCAUUGUACGUCAUGGAUGAAAUCGAUGCUGCUUUGGAUUUCAGAAAUGUUUCUAUUGUGGCCAAUUAUAUUAAAGAAAGAACCAAAAAUGCUCAAUUUGUUGUCAUUUCAUUAAGAAAUAAUAUGUUUGAGUUAGCUCAACAAUUGGUUGGGAUUUAUAAGGUGAAUAAUAAGACUGAAAGUGUAUCAAUUGGUAAUAUUGAUAUUGUGGAUUUAAUCAAAGCGUAA